AUUUACGCGUGCCGCAAUUUGCAUACCUUCACAGAGGCGGUCAUGGGGCGGACGGCAAGAUGGUAGUCUCAAAUUUAAUUUUCAGAACCUAUUUUUAGUUAGUUUUCAACUUAGGUUUCAUGCGAUAAGCGAACAGUUGUCAUGGGGGUGACGACGCAGCUGAAAUUUGUCCCGAGGCCUUCGCCCUCCGGAUCGGCCCCCCCAGCCCCGACCAGCCCCUCCGUGCCCAAACCUGGCAAUCUCACCUGGACAACGGCAGCCACCGGGAAGCCACGCACCACCGUCGCCAUGGUUACGGGGAUUCCGACCCCGGGAAGAAACGUUUCCGCCGUGACAAAUUCGACGUGGGGAGGAAACCAGACCUGGCUGUCAGCGAGCACUGCCACUCCCUUCAACACAGCCGUCAAGCUGGAGUCCAUCGCAAUUCCGGCUGCAGCUGCAGGGUUUAUGGGUGCGAUCUGUGCCUGCCUGAUCCUGCUGGUCAUGCUGCAUCUCUUCCUAAACAAGAAACUCUGCUUUGAGGAGGUCGGAGGUUUUCCCUGCUUUGAGCAGAAGAAAAAGGAACCCAAGGCUGCCAAAUUAGAGCCGGUAAAAACAGAGAGGUCAAAGCUGAACCCCAAACCUGAAGACAAGAAAGACUUUGGGCCCUCUGCAAUAUUUCGCUCUGUAUGUCCGUGCUGUGGAGAAAGCUGCCGGAAAAGGGGAAAACAACACCAACACACCGUUGAGGGAGAAGAAGGGACUGUCGGGGCUCUGAUUUCCUAUCUGAGGAGGAUGAGAACAGACGUGUUUGGACAGGUGGACCCGGCACAGCAACAGGUACAGCAACAGCAACAGGUACAGCACUGUGGCUACUGUGGACAGCGGCGCUGUGACUGUCAGACCAAACGUGGGGACGACUCGGCCAUUGAAGAGGAUAAGAGCGACAUUACCGACGCGCCCGGAGAUGAGACGACCGCGUCUGCCAUCUCCCAGGUCAACGCCACCAUGCGACAGAUCCUGCAGGAGAUCAAGGACAUCAAGGAGCGUUCGCAUGGCAGUCAGCACGGCAGUCAGCACGGCUCGGACGUUGUGACUCAGGAUAAAUAUCAACAUGUUGUCGACGACCUUCUGGCAGCCAGGUCAUGUCAUAAAGAGCUGGAGGACAAACUGUGUUUGUACGAGAACGCGCUGAAAGGGAAGGAGGAAGAAGACAAGAAGAGCCGAGAAUUUCAAAAUACAGGCGGCUCUGAAAGUAACACACCAGAACACGAACCGAAGCUGGAAAAUUCCUUAGAAAGUGAGAGUGUUUACCACAGCCUGGGUGCCCAACAUACUGACCUCACCCAAGUGAGAAACAUGAUGUCUCAGCUUUUGCAAGAGAUUUUAGACAUGAAGAAGGACAAGACUGAAGGAAACGACACAGUUGCUGAGGAAAGGGUAGAACGCAUGAAUGCCACGGUGUUUGAUGAAGUUAUGGAGGUGUUAGACCCUGAUGUUCAAGUACAGGUGAAAGUCUGCGAAGAAGAAACGAGAAGGACCUCUACUCCCGUGGAGACACCUGCUAAAGAUGAAGAUGAUAAAAAAUUGUUAGAAAUGCAGACCAGUCCAAUAAAGAAGGACCUGCUAGAAAGUUCUUGCAAGGUGUUGGAACCUUCUCCAAGUAAGGAAGACGGGAAGGUUCUAAGACUCACAGUAGAUUCUCAGGUACAGACAGUUCCCAUCCCAAGGACUCGAGAGGAGGUUUUGAGAGACUUGAUCCAAAGUGACCGCCAGGACGGAGUAUCCACUGCUGGCCAGGAGGGAGAGGAGACCAGGCCUGUGCAAAAUAAAACCGACUCUCGCACGAAUUCUCAGGAAUUACAGACAGAGUGUGAAAAACGCUGCGGUUUGCAGCCUCUUGACAACAACUCUGUACCUGUUUCUGUUGGCGUUACAACAACCUGUGAGGAAGUAGAAGGGGAAAAUGUGAACAGUAAAGGUGGUGCCUUAGGUUUCUUUAACUUUGGCAAAGGUACAGAAAAAAUAGAAGAAAAAAAUGUGGAAGGCAAAAUGUUUUCCACCAGUUUCUUUGGCUUUGGACCAAAGGCUGAAAAUGACAGCAGUGCAUCUUCUGUCAACCAGCGUACCAGUGGGUUUGGGCUGGAGUCAAAACUGUCCAAGUUUACCAGCUGGGUCGGGGACAGUAUAGCCUCAACGGCAAUGCAGUUCGCUAGGAAAAACAGCGAGAAGACAACAGACUCUAGUGGGGACCAGAAACAACAACAGAAUGUGUCAGUGCCAGGACAGUACCUUAACUCACAGACAUUACACCCUUCGUCGCAGUCAGGUGAUCACCCCUUGGCCUCAGAUGACCCAACAGCCUCGCCGAGGAGGAGAGUACAUCCAGACACACACACCUCCCCAGCUCUGGUGAACGAACCUCCCUUCACGGCUACUUAUGUUACCGUGCAGAACGUCAGUCCACGGGGGACGCUCUUCCACUUACUUCAAAACACAGAGGAAACAGAUGAAUCCAUUUCUUUAACGGGUAAUCCUAAAUCAGAGACUUCUCAAGCAAAGUGCCAAACCGAGGUCCAGAAGUGGGAGAAAUCAGGACAGCCUCGUAUGCAGGAGAUACCUCAGACCAGCUUCACUGACGAGGGGACAUUGGGAACGAUGGAGCCAGUGUGCGAAACCCCCCCGGUCCAACGGAAAGCAUUAAAACGAUCUGCCUCGCUGCCCAGACAUGCUCACUUGGCCUCUGCGGAGUCAAGGUCAGUCCACAGGCAUGUACGUAAUGUUGGAGUUGUCACAUCCACCUCACAACAACAAACACUUCCCAGGAAGGGCAUUCUACAUCACAAACAGCACGUCUGUGAAGACACGUCCUACCGCCCGGAGCUGUGGAGAAGAAGGGGGUCCAACUGUGUUCAAGUCGACACUCAAGAAAUAUCCAGCGACGCUGCAGCAUCAGAUGACUCUAAGAUGUCGUAUUCUACAAAACCACAGAAACAUGUGACUUAUAGUCCUUAUGUGCACAGGAAAAUAAUCUCCCCUCGACAUUCUCCGAAAGACAGACCAAAGUUUUUCGUUCCCUUUCUUGUCGAGUAUGACGAGAGUUCUAGUUGCAGUGAUGAAGACUUUGAAACAACCUACAACAAGUCCUAUGGACAAGGUAGUGACUAUGAUGACUUUGCUAGCCAAAAACUAAGAAGUAGUGAAGUGGCAGCAAGACAAAAGAAAUUGUCUCCCAGCCCUGAUAGCAAUCCUGGGUCCGUGCAAAAGAGAAGCUGUGACUUGACUGAUGAUUUGUCCUUGGGUCACAGACCCAGACUGACACACAGAUCAGAACAGGCAUCUUCGAACUUUCUCCAAGUGCCGGGGAUGGUGCCUUCUGUAAGACCAAAGGUCCGGCUGAGAACAGAUGCUGAGGACUGCCUGAGACAUUCCAGAGAAGAAACCUCAGUGCAGCCGUCAAGCAGGCAGCCUGUGUCAAAACAACUCAGCAAAAAGAAAUCUGUCUCUCCCACCAGUUCUGAAGAUGAUCCUCAUGUGUAUAGAUUGCAGAAUCCAUCACAAGGGGAGAAAAAGGUGAGAGAGAGGGAAUCAAGGCAUCGUUUGAAAGGAAGGGUAGAGAGUUUGAGGACUACUGACGAGGAUGAUCUCAGGUCGUCACAUCUGAUGGAAAGUGCUGCCGUUGGGAAAAGCAGGGAGGACAACACAACAAAGACUACACAGGGACGGGGUAGGUCUCGACAUCGGCAACAAAGCACCGGCAGGAGCGUAGGGAAUGGGACAGGCAGUGCAGCAUCAGGGCUGAGGGAUGGAGAGGACUCACAGGGAAGCAGCAGUACUAGUAGUAUGGGGAGGAACAGAAGAGGACAGUCAGUUCCCAGGGCAUUACAGAACAAAGACAACAACUCAGAUUCUCACUCCAAGCCUCGAUACCUGCACCGAAGCAGGAGCAUGGACCGAGGCAAGUGGGAUAGAACGGCUGAUUCUGAUAGAAUAUCACGGUCUGCAGACAUGGAGGAGAGGCCAUGGCAGGCACAUGGACGCAGACACAGUCUGGGACAGACAACUGACAGGACAGUAGGUACUGGAAGGGAGGAAUUAAGACACCCACCCCAGCCCAACACUGGGACUAGUAGGGCUGAGUCAAGACACCCAGGCCUGCCCAACACUGGGACUGGUAGGGCUGAGUCGAGACGCCCAGGCCUGACCAACACUGGGACUGUUAGGGCUGAGUCGAGACACCCACCCCUGCCCAGCACUGGGACUGGUAGGGCUGAGUCGAGACACCCAGGCCUGCCCAACACUGGGACUGGUAGGGCUGAGUCGAGACACCCAGGCCUGACCAACACUGGGACUGGUAGGGCUGAGUCGAGACACCCAGGCCUGACCAACACUGGGACUGUUAGGGCUGAGUCGAGACACCCAGGCCUGCCCAACACUGGGACUGGUAGGGCUGAGUCGAGACACCCAGGCCUGCCCAACACUGGGACUGGUAGGGCUGAGUCGAGACACCCACCCCAGCCCAACACUGGGACUGGUAGGGCUGAGUCGAGACACCCAGGCCUGACCAACACUGGCAAGAAGAGAAGCAGGAGAGUGGAGCACACGGCAGACUGGGGCAGGUUUCUCUUCUGGAACCAAGUAGCAGCAAAGUCACCUCAGCUCAAACCUAGAAUCAUCCAGUCACCUCAACAAAUAUACGGAUCUGCGUACCAGGUGGAGGAGGAGACGUCCUCUGACAGUGACGACGAGGUAUUACAGCAGUACAAGCGCUCCAUGAGUCAGCACUCCGUCCGCAGCAAGGCCAGUGUCCGGUCACAGCGCUCCAAGAAGGGGGAGAAGCUACCCAGCCCGGCAGAGAAACCAGAAGCAGAAGCUGCGUACCAGCCGAUCGAGGAGCCGGACUACCAUCACGCCCCCCGCGCCACGCCGGCCGACCCGUACGCCCGGCUGGAGAAGGGGGAGCCGGAAGAGGCGAUGGUAGAGAGCGACAUCGAGCCGGACCACGCAUCGUACCUGGAGUACGAGGAGGAGGGCCUGGACAACGAGGCGUACGACAGCGAAGGGGCAAACGGAGCGUACGGCGACCAAGUGUCGUACCAUUCCCAGGAGAAGAGAAAAAGACUGAAAUCUCGCAGGCAUCGACCAGAAGGCAGGAGCAUGUCCUCCCAGCUGAACAAGGAGGGACUGGGCGGCUUGUCGUCGGGGGACGAAUCGGUGACGGCGUAUCCCGUGAGCGAUGCGGUGAGUGUAGACGAAAUGUCUGUCGCCAGUUCUACUGCUCCAGAUCCCAAUUGGAAAAAGAAAACAGAGGACAGAGGAUACUAUGAUGUGGACCAGCCGUAUGAUGAAGACAGCCAGCUCAUCUCCAAGUGUGGAGUGUUGGAGGUGGCUUUCGCGUACGACGCACCGAAUCGCAAGAUGACCGUGUCCAUUGUCCAGGCACGCGACGUCCCAUCUAAGGACCGAGGGGGGACCGGUGGAUAUCAGGUACACAUGGUACUGCUGCCCACCAAGAAGCAGCGCUGUAAGACGAAGGUCAGACAGGGCAACAACCCCGUCUUCAAGGAAUCCUUUCGCUUCUCAAGAGUCAACCAAGACGAGCUGCCUGACAUGGGCGUACGCUUUCGACUGUAUGCCUGUGAGCGCAUGAAGAAGGAACGGCUGAUCGGGGAGAAGCUUGUUGGCUUCAGUAACCUCAAGUUGGACCAACGAGAGAGCAUGGCGGUGACACUCCCGCUGGAGCCAAGGAGCAACCUCAGUGGAGGAGACUCCCAGUUCAGCCUGUCAGGUCUGUCCCGCAGUGACAGCGGAUCCUCCAGCCAAUCCCUGACUCACGCCGGUGGCGUGCCCGAGCUGCUCGUCGGGCUGGCGUACAACGCAACGACCGGACGGCUGUCGGUGGAGGUCAUCAAGGGCAGCCACUUCCGCAACAUGGCCAUGAACAGAGCACCAGACACUUAUGUGAAGAUAUGUCUGAUGGCUUCCAAUGGUCAAGAGCUGUCCAGAAGCAAGACGUCCAUCCGCCGCGGACAGCCAAACCCCGUCUACAAGGAGACCUUCAUUUUCCAGGUGGCGCUGUUCCAACUGUCAGACGUCACGCUCAUGUUCUCAGUCUACAAUAAACGGGGGAUGAAACGGAAGGAAAUGAUUGGUUGGUUUUCUCUCGGGUUAAACAACAGUGGUGAGGAGGAGCUGAACCAUUGGCAGGACAUGCGGGAGUCUAAGGGGCAGCAGGUCUGCAGAUGGCACGUGCUUCUGGAGUCAUGAGUCAGGCGCUCCUGAUCGCAGACGCACGCAUUCCUGGAACAGACACUGUACACAUUUCUGGAACAGGCACACACAUUUCUGGAACAGGCACACACAUCAUUUAAACAGGCACACACUUUCCUGGAACAGGCACAUGCAUUUCUGGAACAGGCACAUGCAUUCCUGAAACAGGCACAUACAUUCCUGGAACAGGCACUCACAUUCCAGGAACAGACACACACAUUCCUGAAACAGGCACACACAUUCCUUAAACAGGCACACAAAUUCCUUGAACAGGCACACACUUUCCUGGAACAGGCACACAUUCCUAGAACAGACACACACAUUCCUGGAACAGGCACACGCAUUCCUGGAACAGGCACACACUUUCCUGGAACAGGCACACAUUCCUAGAACAGACACACUUCCUUGGAACAUGCACACACAUUCCUGGAACAGUUCCCAGGUCUCCAGUACAGUCUGUGCCCCCUGGAUCUCUUACAACUUUCUUUCAAAUUGGUCAAUCUGAAAAGCAUCAGACAAGUCAUUACUGUAACAGUAUACCUGCCAAAAGGAAGUCAGAUUAGAUUCAUAGCUGACACAAAUUCUAACUUCCAGUGUCUACCUUUAAGAAGGGGAAAAGUAUUCAAAUUUUCAAGUACUGCAUAUCCCUGUAUAUCUAGACUAUAUCAAAUUAACACUCUAACUUGCACUCUAACUAGUACACUAUUACGGAAGAAAGAUACCACAAAAGUACAAUUGGAAGAAGCCUUUUAAUUUAUAUCUGAGUUCUUUAAUAUUAGACAUUAAAACUUAGUCUUAAAAUCAUUUUAGUAUUUACCUCCUGAAAAUUUCCAUAAAAAAGUAAUUUGCAUGGUGUGCAUGGAUCCUUGAAAAACAUGAUAAUUUCAGGUCACAGGUGCAUCACUUAGUCACAAGUCUUUUAUUCUCAGUCUUUCAUUUGAAGUAAAUACACAAUUGCACAAGCUUAGCCACUGUUGCUUGCACAGUACAAGAGGUCUUGAUGUUACAAUCAUUAUGUAUAUUGGAAAUGCACGGUUAAGAUUCCAUUGCAUUCAUGACAAGAACAGAAAUUAUCCUCCCAGCUAUAAUGUCCUAGUUUUGUAUCUGCUGAUAGUUAACUAAUAUUAUAACACAUGGCAACACCAACAUUGUAACACCAAAUACCAGCUGAAGAUGUUUCAAUUAAAUAAUUAGCAUUGCCCUUCCAGUUAUUAUGAGAAGCUGAAAUUUCACAUGCAGGUAUAACUAGAGUUCCAUGAUUACAUAGUUGUGCAUUAAUGAAUUUAAGCUUUACAACUGAAAAGAUGACAAAUUAUAAAAUCUAUAAGAUUAUACCUAUUUUACAUUGUAAUUUCUGAGCACUUGUUAGUUCCUCUUGAAAUUUCAAUUCAUAAACAGGAAGUGUGUCAUGUGAAAUCUUAUUUAACCGGCAUCUUACAUUGUACAACACAAGAAGGCACAGUUAGUACAUUCAUGUGUAACAAUGUCCAUUCCUUCAGGCCAUGUUGAUUUGAUUAUAUUAUGGAUGACAUCCAGACACACAUGAACUUCGGCCAUUUCCAAAAAAAAGUUUCCAACCACA